GAUCCCUUUCUUCGUCAAGGCGCGAAGCAGAGCAUCUGCAGCCCCGAAUUCUCAAUCACUUUCUUCUUCUUCUCUCGGGGCUCCGCCGUCGUCAUCCUCUUGAACGCUCCGCCGUCGACUCGCCACUACCUGACUGUGUUGCAGGAAUCGUGAAUUCCGGUGAGAUAAGGUUUGAAUCAAAUUGAAGGUGUAAUGGGAAGUGAGAAUGGAAGUGAUCCAUUCAAAGGGGUGGAUUGGAAAUCUGUUGGUGGUGAGAUGCAACAAAACCCUAGUGUUAAACCAGCACUUGCAAAACGGCUCCCCAAGAGAGUUAGGAACAUACCAGACUAUUAUUUCCUUCCUAAAUGGCCACUACCUUCCGCUUUGUUGUUCUGCACUGCCUGUAUUGCCGGUGGAGUUGGUGCCGGUAUGCUAGUAGAAGCCUGGAUCAACAAGAAAGUUAAAGAGGAUGGUGGGGUGAUAUGGGAGUUUGACAAAUAAACUCUGGAUUUUUUGGUACAACCAGUGUCACAUUUCGCCUCUCCAGCACUCCAGUCACAAAUUGAUCUCCACUCAAACUUAUUUACAGUUAUUAGUUUAACAAAUAAGCGUGAUUCAUAAGUUGUUUGUUCUUUCUUAGACUCUGUUGAUCGAAUGGUAGCUUAUCAAUUGACCUGUUUCCGUGAACAUGUAACCCCGAAAGGCAACUAGAUGUGACGUGAUUUAUGGUUUAAAUUUAUUCAUAUUCAUACUCAUUUUGCUGAU